CUUCGAAGUUCGAGUAGCCGUUGCAGUUCUAGUCUUUAUAGACUGCAUUGUUUUAUAUUUUUAUCUGUUACCCUGUGAUUCUGUUUUACUAUCUAGUAUCUUAAUCUGCGUGAUUGUGCAGGCGCUCUAUUAGUCUUGUUUUAGUUUUAAUCAUUUAUUUUCUUGUGUUAUUUAGUCUACUAUCUUCUAUCUUGUACGUUAUAAUUACUGGUUCGUUGUGUGUAGUUCAUGAAUUUACGUCGGACGUGUUAAUUGAAACUUCAUCAAAAACAUGCUUUCAGUAGUCAGUUCAUUCGAAACCCACAACAAGAGACAAAUUCUUUCAUCAGAUAUUGAUUAUUAUAAUAAAUAUGUGUGUACUAGUUCUGCUGAUGGUGUUAUUCAAAUUUUUGAGAGUGACAAACCAGACUUGUAUUCAGCAAUACAAUUACAAGAACAUGUUGGUCCUGUAUGGCAAGUAAUGUUUUCACAUCCAAAAUUUGGAUUUUUAGCUUCAUGUGGAUCAGAUUGUAAAUUAAUUUUACGUAAAACUAAUGACGAUAAUGAAUGGAAGAUUGUUUAUCAAUAUGAUGGACACAAAUCAUCAACAACUUCUAUAGAUUGGGCGCCAUAUAAAUCUGGAGCAAUCAUAGCUUGUUCAAGUGCUGAUGGUACUAUUUCAAUACAUACUCUAAAUAGCAAUGAAUGGUCAGUAUCAAAAAUCCCUAAUGCUCAUUUAAAUGGUGUUAACUGCAUUAGUUGGUCAAAUCAAUUACUAAAUAAUCAUUUGCUAUUAGUUAGCGGGGGUAAUGAUAAUAAGAUCAAAAUAUGGGAAGGUCAAUUAGGUAUGUGGAAUGCUAAGUAUGAAUCAGACAACCAAUUAGCUACUAUCAAAGACAUAAGUUGGAAUCCAACUCCUGGUCUGUAUAAACAUAUAUUUGCCAGCUGUGCUUCAAAUGGCCAAGUAUUUGUUUGGGGAAGUGAUGAUUGCUGUGAUUGGGUACAAACAGCGAUUGACCCUGAAAAUACACAAAUACAAAAGGUUAGUUUUUCUCGUUUUGGAACUGUGUUAUCUGUUACAAUGAACAGUUAUGCUGUAAAGCUUUGGAAACAGAUUGAUAAACAAACUUGGAUGUGUAUGGAGAGGAAUAUUACAAACAAAAAAACUUUAGAUUGUCAAGACAAAAAUGUUAAUCAAGAUAUAUUUGCUGCUCUUGCUUAGUAUAUGUUAUUUUUAAUAUACUAAUUGUUAUUUGAAAAUUAAUUCAAUUUCAACAUAAUUCUUGGACCAAUUGACUGCUAUUUUUAUUUAUUUAAUUAAUUAAAAAAAAAGUUCUAAUUUUGUAUCGAGUAAGAAAAUAAAAUUAAACAAAAUGUAUAUAUUUAUUUUAUAAGUUUAUGAAUUAAAAUAAAAUGUUUCAUUUU